AUGUUAUAUAUAUAUUACAGUUCAUACUUUUCAAAAGGGAGUUUCCCGAAGAAAGACCCUGGAUACGAGGUUGCAGCACACCCAGUCGUAGUACCAGUACAACCAGUCAUAGUACCAGCACAACCAGUCGUAAUACCAGCUCAACCAGCCAUAGUACUAGCUCAAACAGUCGUAGUACCUGUGGUAGAUUUUUGUUUGAUCCCCACAAUAAGAGCAAAUUACCCAGUCGUAGUACCAGUACAACCAGUCAUAGUACCAGCACAACCAGCCGUAGUACUAGCUCAAACAGUCAUAGUACCUGUGGUAGAUUUUUGUUUGAUCCCCACAAUAAGAGCAAAUUACGCAUUAUAUAUUGUAUUUUGUAUUAUAUUCCUUCCUUUCCAAAAUCGCUCAGUUACAUAUAUUCCCAAUAACAACAUUCCUUUUAUCUAGCAUACCUGUCAAUCAAUACCAUAUAUGGUAGUUGCCUCAUCUCAUAAAUUUAACUAUUAAUUAUGUAAUGUCAACCUUUUCCCGACAUACCAGCUCAACCAGCUGUAUUACCAGCACAACCAGUUAUAUUACCAGCCAGAACCAGUCAUAGUAUCAGCUCAAUCAGCCGUAUUACCAGCUCAAUCAGCCGUAUUACCAGCUCAACCAGACGUAGUACCAGCUCAACCAGACGUAGUACCAGCUCAAGCAGACGUAGUACCAGCUCAAGCAGACGGAGUACCAGCUCAACCAGAUGUAGUAGCAGCUCAACCAGUCGUAGUACCAGCUCAACCAGUCGUAGUACCAGCACACCCAGUCAUAGUAUCAGCAUAA